AUGCCUAAUAUAAAGUUUACCAAAGCUAAACAGCCUGACUGUCCUUUUUGUGACAAAGCCAUUGAUGAGCCAUGGCAGGACCACGUUAUUUUAUGCUCAGGACAGAGAUUUAAAUGUGUAACUUGUGGAGCCAGGUUCAAGAAGAACAGCUACCUUGUGAAACACAUGAAAGUUCAUAACGGUUCAGCAACUGUUCCACCCCCUGCUAAGAAGCAAAAGCCGAGCACGAUUACAAAAGCAGCUGAUGUUGUAGUUUGUGAAGAUAUUCCAGCAGCGAAUCCUGGUAGUGACCAUAUGGAGAAGGAGUCUAACCAGAGUGAUUGGGAAUGUCAGGAUCCUGGAGAAUUGUUAGAUGUGUUGGGUCCAUGUAGCUCUAGUGAUGAAGAAGACUCUAGGGAAACUGAAGAAAUAGAGAAGGCACCUGAGGACCUAGAGAUAGGACGAAUCAUUCGGAAGAGAACUCAGCCAGUUCUCUAUACAGGUUCCCAGAUGAAGAGCAAAGAGAUUCAUCAGUCAGAACCGGUGGUGCAUGAAUUGGAGAAGUCUGCAAAGAAAUCCACCGUGAACGCGACUACACAGACCGAGCCAACCCUUUAUGUGUACUCCACUAAAACCAUAACCACCAAGUGGGAGAAUGGGGUUAAGAUCAAAGUCGUUGAAAGAAAGAAGAGCUAUAAUAUGAGUUAG